AUGGCGGGAAAAUGUGUGCACCAGGGCUGCGGCAAGCUCUUUACCGACAUUACUGAAGGGUGCAAAUACCAUCCAGGACCGCCCAUCUUCCACGAAGGACAGAAGGGAUGGAAGUGCUGCAAGCCUCGCGUCCUCACAUUUGACGAGUUCAUGACGAUCCCGCCCUGCACCGUCGGCGUGCACUCGACGACCGACAAGCCUCCUGCGGUGGAGGAGAAGAAGCCCCAGGAGGACGACGCCGCGCUGGCCAAGAAGAUUGCCGAGCUGACCGCCGGACCGCGUCGCUCGCCCAUUCCGACCGCGCAGGCCGCGCCUUCACCGCCGCCGCCGCCACCCGAGUCCGACGACGACGACCCUAGCCUCGAAAUUGCCGACGGCGCGACCUGCCGCCGACGCACCUGCGGGCAGCAGUACAAGAAGAAUGCGGCGGCGGCGCGGACGGGCGAGUCGUGCGUGCACCACCCGGGCGUGCCCAUCUUCCACGAGGGCAGCAAGGGCUACAGCUGCUGCAAGCGGCGCGUGCUCGAGUUUGACCAGUUUAUGAAGAUUGAGGGCUGCGCGACCAAGGACCGGCACCUGUUCAUCGGCAGCGGCAAGAAGAUCAAGGGCGCCGCCAGCGGCGAGGAGAAGCUGGAGACGGUCAGACACGAUUUUUACCAGACGCCAGCGAGCGUCAUUGCGUCCUUUUUCCUCAAGAAGAUCAACAAGGAGACGGCCAAGGUUGAGUUCAAGGACAAGGCGCUCGCGCUGGACCUUGUCACGACCGACACCCCGCCCAAGCGGUACACGGCCGAGGUGCCGCUCUACGGCGCCAUUGAUGCGGCCAAGUCGACGCACAAGAUCCUGGGGACCAAGCUCGAGCUGAACCUCGUCAAGGCCGACGGCGCGUCGUGGCCGGUGCUCCGAGGCGAUGAGGCGCUGACGGGCGAGAUUUUGCAGAUUGGCAAAGCUGGUCAUGCGUGA